AUCUUAAAGUAGCAUUUCAACAGAAAUUAAUACGACGUUCUCGUGCUUUAAGUUACGCUGAAAUAUACAUCAUAAAUAAUAACUAAAGAAACUAUGUAACAGUUAUGAGCAUGAGUUGAAAAGCUAUUGUACGCUUUGCUAUAUAAACUCAUUCCGCUUAAAUUGUUCAAACAUAUUGUACAGUUCGCUUUGGCUUGACAACUGUAAUAUCUACGAACUAAAGCACCUACCAACCAAACCGUUAUCAAUUCGUUUUUAGUUGCAAAGUACUUAUUUGAAAUUAGACCUUAAAUCUUCAAUUUUAUAUAAUCGUAUUUGCAACUCGAAAAUGUUUGGCAAAUCCUUUGCAUUUUCGUGGCUAUCGAUCACCGGUGUUCGCAAUAUUCUGAUUGCUUUUCUGGCGAUAUGUUGUCUACCGUUUGGCAGCGCUGAUAGCAGCAGUUCCGAGGAGCAUCAUCACCGGCAUCGAGCAUUCCCAGCGUUAGCGCCUAUUUUGCCGGUGUUACCUAGUCGCACCGCGGCACCGGUUAUCCAACUCAAACCGCCAACACGAGACUGUGUCUGUGUACCCGAAAAAGUGCGAAGCAGCAUUAAAGAUUUCCAUCCGGAUCGUGAUGUGGAAAUCACCGGAAAUGUUCCUGAUGUGCAUCAUGUGCCAGCAAUAAGCUAUCCGACAAUUGUGGACUUGUAUCCCGUACAACAUCACCGCCGUUUUUACGAAUCAAGCUCCAAACCCAAAUCCUACAGCGAUAAACAAAUUCAGCAGUCGGAUGAUGCCGACAAACUCUAUGCAGAUCGCCAUCCACACAAGUCAAUCGGCAUUGAACUCAACACUGAAGUCCACCAACACAGCCAUUUUGCGGGACCCGAAAGGAAAGUACCGACCGGCAAAGGUGACCAUAAAGAACAAACGGAAGUCAGCUCCAAGGAGAAAGAAAAGAGCAACGUCACUAAAGAACACUCGAAAGAUCCAGUGAGGAUCGAUGUGAAUCUGAUUCCGAUCGCUCACAACAAGGACACGGUCUAUCAUCCGCAAAACAGGUAUCCGGUACACACUCCGCAUAUUCGUGGUCAUCAUUACCAACCGGCCUAUCACGACUACAAAUCACACAUGGCCUAUUAAAGGGCACUGAUUUAACCGUGGGCACUUGGCAGUUCCAUGCUCAACAUGCAUAUGUUCGUCGUUGUUCUGCUUUUCUAUUUCGCAAACUUUUACCUGAUUAUUUAUACAUGUACAAGCAUUACGAUCACGAGUGCACGGCGUGCUUUUGUGCUAAUACGCGAUUAAUGAUGUCCAGCGAAUCUGUUAUAGUUUCUAGUGUUAUACUGAAAGAAAAACUAAAACUUUUGGCCUAAAUGCAUAAAGUCGUGCAA